AAGAGGACUCCAGCGGAAGCUUCCAGUGUUAUUGGAGCAAGUUCAUUGACAACAGCCCGCUGUCGUCUUGUCGCUGUCAUGGCUUUCCUCUGCAGAACUGCUGCUUCGCUCCUGAAGUCCUCCAGAGCAGCGCCGGCUGUCCUGUCCGCUGGCCGCCUCUACAGCUCAGGUGGUCAGUAUGAGUAUAUUUUGGUGGAAAAGCGAGGUGAGAAGAGCGAUGUGGGUUUCAUCCAGUUGAACAGGCCCAAGGCUCUCAACGCUUUGUGUGACGGGCUGAUGAUGGAGUUGGGACAGGCUCUGGAUGCCUUUGAAGCUGACGGCAACGUCGGAGCUAUCGUCAUCACCGGCAGUGACAGAGCCUUCGCUGCGGGAGCGGACAUUAAAGAGAUGCAGAAUCGAACUUUCCAGGAGUGUUACGGUGGAAACUUCCUUGCUCACUGGAACAGAGUGUCCACAGUGAAGAAGCCUGUGAUUGCAGCUGUCAAUGGAUUUGCUCUGGGUGGAGGCUGUGAGCUGGCGAUGAUGUGUGACAUCAUCUACGCUGGCGAGAAGGCGCAGUUCGGCCAACCAGAGAUCCUGUUGGGGACCAUUCCUGGGGCGGGUGGCACCCAGCGGCUGACCCGUGCGGUGGGCAAAUCCCUGGCUAUGGAGCUCGUACUUACAGGAGACAAAAUUAAUGCACAAGACGCCAAGCAAUCAGGUUUGGUGAGUAAAAUUUAUCCGGUGGACCAGUUGGUAUCUGAAGCUGUUAAAUGUGGCGAGAAAAUAUCUGCCAACUCCAAACUGGUCUCUGCUAUGGCUAAAGAGGCUGUGAACGCAGCUUUUGAACUGACUUUGGCUGAAGGUAAUCGUUUGGAGAAGCGUUUAUUCCACGCUACCUUUGCUACAGAUGAUCGUAAAGAAGGCAUGACAGCUUUUGUGGAGAAGAGAAAGGCCAGUUUCCAGGACAAUUAGGAAAGAGCAGACCAAGAGCUCGGCAUCAGCAUUUCCCUAUCUGCAAUAAGUUGAAUGGUGUAAAAAUCCUGACUGUAGUGGAACAUACAAGAUGUUUGAAUUUGGAUUUGGCACUGAGUGAUUGCACAAGAGUGUCUUACCACAGUGAAGCUCUGCCUGCUGAGGUUUGGUAUUAAAAUCAAAUGCAGUUUGGGUGCAGGAGUGCAGCGGAGGUUGUAUGUGAAUACUGUUUGAUAACUCUGCUAGUGUGUAAUUGGAGGAAUCAGUUUCCAUGACUGGACUCACUUUUGCCUUUUCAUUUUCAGUAUCAAAUGCUUGUCUGCAUUUUGUAGGCAACUUCUUUCCCUGUACAUUCUACAAAUAAAUGUUCAGAGUGCUUUUCAGUACUGAGACAUGACCACGAC